ACUAUCCAAUUUCGUUUCCUUCUUUACUCUCUUGCUUUCCUUUCUUUUCCUUCAAAAUUCUUCCCUAAAAUUUCACAACAUUUCAUCUUCUCCACCAUGUUUGACCCCCAACAUUUCGUCGAUUUGCAAGACGAUUCUGCUUUCGGCGACCAGAAUUCAUGGCUUUCCGGCGACCACAACUCCUCCCCGGCUCGCCGCCUCACUCACUCAUCACUCACUAACGCAUCUAUUUCAACUUCAGCAACUACUGCUACUGCCGCCGCUAAUGGCAAUGUCGAUCGUGAACUCUUCAACAAUCUCGUCGCCAUCGUACCCCUCGUUCAGUCUCUUAUUGAUCGGAAAGCGAGUAGUUCAUUCACGAAGCGGGGUUCAAUGAUUUAUACUAAGACACCUUCUAGAGAAUCAUCACACAGGAAAAUUGAACAGAAAGGUAGAAAUAAUGGCCAAUCCAUUCCACCCAAGAAGAAAAAGGAUCAUGGAGACAAGGAACAGGGUCAUAAUGUUGAUAAUAAUGCAGAUACCGAUGGCUUUUCGAUGUUCUCCUCAAGUUCUUUGGUCUCUGAAAAGGACAAAGAAGAGCUAAUCACAUUGAGAGAACAAGUUGAAGAUCUGCAAAAGAAAUUGCUUGAAAAGGAUGAACUUCUAAAAUCAGCAGAAAUGUCGAAGGACCAGAUGAACAAUGUUUAUGCAAAACUUGAUGCUUUGAGUCUCCAGUCUGCAGAGAAGGAUUCUAUGAUAAAGUCUAUUCAUUCCCAACUUUCAGAUGCAAAGAUUAAGCUUGCAGAUAAACAAGCUGCCUUGGAGAAGAUACAGUGGGAGGUAAAGACAUCAAAUACAAAAGUAGAAGAACUUCAAGAAGAGCUAAAGUCCUCGCAAGGAGAUGUUUCAUCAUUUAUGCUGUUACUUGAAGGCUUGACAAAGAAUGAUUGCAAUGAUCGUCUCAAAGAUUAUAGUCUUUCACUGUAUCUCCCUGAGAGCUGUCCUUACAUUGAUGAUUUGGAUGAUGCGGAAAUGAAGAAAAUGGAAGAAGCAAGAAAAGCUUAUGUAGCUGCUGUUGCUACUGCAAAGGCAAGGCAAGAUGAAGAAUCUAUUGCUGCUGCUGCAACUGCAAGAUCACAUCUUCAAUCAUUUGUUUUCAGAACAUAAGUUUCAAACAUUCAUUAGAAGCAUCAAUCGCGCUCGGUGCUACACGAUACGAUAGUGUUCUCUAUAGGGUUGCCUGAGUUAUUUAUUUGUAGAAUGCGCAAAUUGGAACAUUUGUUUCAUUUUGUAUGUAUGUUGUAUCUAACCUUCCCCAUGUUCGUGUUUAAUGGAAAUGCGCCAUGGUUGGUUGUGUGCCAGAGGGACGUUUUGUUCUGCAAUUAUUGAACACAUCUCUCUCAUUUUCAGAUGCA